UCAGAAGUGACAAACGAUGUGACCUGGGAGGAUUCGCUGAUGAUCGGCCUCGAGGGAGCCCUCCUGGGAUGUGCUUACAACGCAUUAUCCUGUCGGUCAUGUGGCUUGGUCGUGGGCUUCAUUAUUUAUUCUGCCUCCAGUGACCUGGCAUAUCUCCGAGGCUUCUUCUGUUUCUUCAAGGACAGCAUCCUCUGUUAUCUCCUAAAAAAACAAAUGAUAAUAGAAGCUUCUAAGGUGAAUUUUCCUGCUGUGACCUUAAAGGAACAACUGCAGGAACUGAAAGAAAAGCUUGUGGAGGUACACAUUCGCAUAGAAGUGCUGAUGAAGAAGCUGGAGGAACUGGGACAAAAGAAUAAUGUGGCAGAAAGGCAAAGCUCUGCAUCAGAUACAGCUGGCCUACGGCCAGGAUAUGCAAUAGUCAGGGUCAACUAA